AUGGUCUCCACCCACAACCUGCCGCCGCCAUGCCCACCGCCCAACCGUCCCUUACCGCCUCGGCCCGUCGCCAUCCCGUCUCCGUCCCACAGUCAUCCUUCCUCCCACUCGUAUUCCCAGCACCACCACGGCAAUGGGCACCAACCACACGGGGCAGGGCACCUCAAGAGGCACGCUCAGCCAGGGCAACCCCUCCGUGCUCAGCAAAACAACGCAUACCCGUCUCCUGAAGGCAUACCAAACGUCCAGCCGGCGUCGAUGGCUGCCCGAUACCUCACGAGACACCAGAUACACCCCGUCUUUGCCGAACGUUAUACCCUGGGUCAGGAGCUGGGAAGUGGAGGAUUUGGCUUUGUGUGCAGUGCCGUCUCGCAUAAUGAUAAACGGGAAGUUGCAUGCAAGUUCAUCUUGAAGAGCAAGGUACCGGCUCAGGGAUGGGCGAGAGACUCGGAACUUGGUGUGGUACCCAUGGAAGUAUUCAUGCUGAAAAACAUCGGACACGACAACAUCAUCAAAUUCAUCGACUUCUAUGAGGACAUUACCUUCUUCUACCUCGUCACGGAGAUGCACGGCGCCCCAUGGACAUCCUCAAGAACAGAGUUGCAAACACAGUCCUUGCCGUCGCAGUUGCUGUCUUCUCCGUCCACCCAAUCGGCGUCUCAUAUACCAUCACCGAACACGCCUGGCAUGGGUGCACAGUUCUUCACGCAGCAAGAGGAGACGCGGCAGGGUCCUGGAGGCCUGGUGUCUUCUUCGAAAUCGCCGGCGUCGCCACCGCUAUCUCCUGUCAUGGCGCCAAAGCUUUCUCGUCGACCUUCGAUGGACUUGUUCGAAUGUAUAGAACAACACGACCGACUCACGGAACCGCAGGCGCGUUUCGUAUUCCGUCAAAUCAUCUCAGCCGUCCAAUACCUGCAUACCCUCGGCGUCGUCCAUCGCGACAUUAAAGACGAGAACAUUCUAGUCAAUGAAAACUUCCAUGUGAAGCUGAUCGAUUUCGGGUCCGCUGCGUUCAUUCCACCACCGGCUGGCAAGCUGUUUGAUCGCUUUCUCGGAACGAUACAAUACGCCUCUCCCGAGAUCCUCCGCGGCGAAAAGUACCGCGGCCCAGAAGCCGAGAUAUGGGCCCUGGGCUGCUGCCUCUACAUCAUGCUCAACGGCGAAGUACCCUUCACGACCCCCGCGCAAGCCGCCGAGCACGCCUACACGUUCCCCAAACACCGCCUCUCACCAUCGUGCAUCGACCUCCUCGACUCGAUGCUGGCGAAGAAAUCGAGUAGACGCGCUACCGUGAAUGAGGUGGCGUCGCAUCCGUGGUUGCAGGAUUGA